UGUGGGUGAGGAGAGGAGGAGAGAGGAGGAGAGAGGAGCUCCGCCAGAGGACCAGGGAGAGCGUGGAGAGGAAUCCCAGCAGCCCCCGGAGAGAGAGAGCCGGACCGGGCUGGACCCCCUCACCCCCGCCCCCGGAGGAGGACCCGAGAGAGACCCACGUUGCCACGGGAGAGGCCUCGGUUCAGGGCUGCAGGAUGUUCACUUCAGUGAAGGCCUUCGAGGGGCAGCAGUACUCCACCCUGAAGAGGCAGUGCUUGCAGAGUGGCCUGCUCUUUGAGGACCCCCGCUUCCCUGCCACCGACGACUCGCUCUUUUACCAGGGCAACAGGAUCGGACGUGUGGUCUGGAAGAGGCCUCGGGAGCUGUGUGAGGACCCCCACCUGUUUGUAGAUGGCAUCAGUGCUCACGACCUUCACCAGGGGCAGCUGGGUAACUGCUGGUUCGUAGCGGCUUGUUCCAGUCUGGCCUCCAGAGAGUCUCUGUGGCAAAAAGUCAUUCCCGACUGGAAGGAGCAGGAGUGGGAUACGGAAAAACCGGACUCCUACGCUGGGAUUUUCCACUUUCGCUUCUGGCGCUUCGGCGAGUGGGUGGACGUGGUGAUCGACGACCGGCUACCGACGGUGGACAACCAGCUGGUCUACUGCCACUCCAAUGACAGCAACGAGUUCUGGAGCGCCCUGGUGGAGAAGGCCUAUGCCAAGGUUUACGGUUGCUACGAGGCUCUGGAUGGGGGAAACACGGCUGACGCACUGGUGGACUUUACAGGUGGUGUUUCUGAGCCCGUGGACCUGCUGGAGGGUCAGAUGGCAACAGACGAGGCAGCUCGUAACCAGCUGUUUGAAAGAGUCCUCAAAGUCCACAACAGGGACGGCCUCAUCAGCUGCUCCAUCAGGGCGACCACGAUAGAAGACAUGGAGGCUCGUCUGGACUGCGGUUUGGUCAAAGGCCACGCCUACGCUGUGACGGAUGUACGGAAAGUGCGGCUAGGUCACGGACUGCUGGCCUUCUUCAAGUCGGAGAAGCUGCACAUGAUCCGCAUGAGGAACCCCUGGGGGGAGAAGGAGUGGAGCGGCCCCUGGAGUGACAGUUCGGAGGAGUGGAACAAGGUGAGCAAGAGUGAGAGAGAAAAGCUGGGUGUCACCGUGCAGGAUGACGGCGAAUUCUGGAUGACGUUCGACGACUUCUGCCAGUACUUCACCGACCUGAUCCUGUGUCGCCUCAUCAACACCUCCUACCUGAGCAUCCACAAGACCUGGGAGGAGGAGGUGAUGAGGGGCUCUUGGGUCCACCGCCAGGAUCCCCUUCGCAACCGGUCCGGAGGCUGCAUCAACCACAAGGCCACCUUCCUGCAGAACCCUCAGUAUGUGUUUGAUGUGAAGAAGGUGGAGGACGAGGUGCUGAUUUGCUUACAACAGAAAGAGAAGAGAGCCACACCCAAAGAGGGAAAAGGGGAAAACCUCGCUAUAGGCUUUGAUAUACACCAGGUGGAGCUAAAUCGGAAAUACCGUAUGCACUCAGCCCAGCAGAAAGUAGCGGGCUCCAUCUACAUCAACUCGCGCUGCGUCUUCCUCAGGAAGGAGCUGAAGGAGGGCCGCUACGUCAUCAUUCCCACAACCUUCGACCCCGGACAGCAGGGCGACUUCCUGCUCCGCGUCUUCACUGAUGUGCCUUCAGACUGCAAAGAGCUGACUCUGGAUGAGCCUCCUCAGACAUGCUGGACGGGGAUGUGUGGCUACCCUCAGCUGGUCACUCAGGUCCAUGUGUUGAACGCUGACGGUCUACAGGGACAGGACUCCAACGGAGAGCUGCACUGCCUCAACCCCAGAAAGAAAAGACUGCUGAGCAAACCACAAGCUGUAGAUCCCUACGUGAUCAUCACCUGCGAAGGAGAGAGGGUUCGUUCUCCGGUUCAUAAGGACACACGGUGCCCAAACUUUGACAUCAAAGGCCUGUUUUACCGCAAGAAACCCAAGGAAGGAAUCCAUAUCGAGAUCUACAACAAGAACAUGAUCGUGGACACCUUCCUGGGUCAGGUGAUCUUGUUCAGCGACCCCAACGAGCGUCAGGAGCAGCACACGCUUCACCUGCGCGACAAGGGCAGUCGCCAGGACAACGACCUGCCGGGCACCCUCACUGUGCGCCUCAUCACCUCCACCACGCUCACCAACAUCUGACGCGAUCGUCCGUACGAUCAUAACGAUUAAACCCCUCAAGGCGACGUUCGAAUCGCGCCCGCCACCCAUCCUCACCGUUCAUCUUUCAACCAUCGUGGGAGCUCACUGUGUCUCUUUUCUGCCGCUUGUGCUCUUUGUGUGUCUCUUUUUUUCCGUUUUCCCUAUUUUCUUUUGCCUCAGCGUUCGUAUUUGGCUUUGUUACGGGUUUUUUUUGGAGGCCUGCAUCUAUAUAUCUGGACUGACAGACAAUACUGGGGGUUUGUAUAGACUAUCUUUGAACACAUUCCUGCCAAAAUUGUCAAUUGAUUUAGAGUUUGCUUCUGGAUAUUUGUUCACAAAGUAGGCUUCAUGCAGGUUUUGUAGCCAGAAUCUCCAUCAACAACAACUGAGCUACAGUUUGAGAAAAAGAAGUUUUAGCAAAUCAGUUGUUGCUCUGAUCAGCUGUUCUGCAUAUUGUUAUAUUGAAACACACACACACACACACAGACAUGCUCAUACAAUACAUAUGCAGACAUUUCUGCUCUCUACAUGCAUGUGCCAAUGUUUCCAAGGGCUAUGCAUUGCCUUAAGGCUGAGUCUGUCUCUCCACCUUGAGGAGACAGGGGGGUUAUGUUAAAUACUUUUAUCCAUCAGCUGUUCUCAGUGUUAGCACAGCCUCCAUUUCUGUUUUUUAACGUCUGCAGUAUGCCCUGCUUUUCGCCAUAGUGCUGUCCGCUUCUGUCUCCUAUAUAUUGACAUCAUAUAUACUCUUUUGUAUCUGUGGAUAAUCCUCCCACCCAGUCGUCCCACCCAGACACCUCAAGUCUUCAGCAGUUUGCCGGUGCUUUGGAGAGCAUGCAGCACUGUCUGUCACUUUUUACUGUGGACUUUACAAACGAAAAGCCAACAGCAGCUAUUCUCUCCCUCUACUGAGAGCUUUUCCGUGUUCUGUCAGCGCGCUCAUGUGUGAAGUCUUUCCUCCCGUCUUCCAUCACUACCACCAUCCCAAACUCCCCUGAAACGCUUUCUGCCGGUUGCUAUGGACGAUCUCAAAAACUGCAUGGCUUAAAAAAAAAAAAAAAAAGAACUGUCUGCCUGUGCUGGACAUCUCUGCAGUCGUAGCUUAGCAGCCGGUGCUUUCCGAUAGUUCUACCCUUCCUCCUUGUGAUCCUCCCCCUUCCCUCCAUGCGUACACCUUUCCAGUCUAGCGGAGUGCAAAGAUUCACCCUGACAUAAAUCAAGUGCUUUAUGGGACCAAAGAUGAGCCAGGCCCUCCACUCUCUUAGUCUCUUUCAGAUCGGCCUGGCCUGGCCUGGCCCGAACCUAGCUACAAACCACCACCCCCUGUGCCACAUCAUCUCUUAAUGGCAACACCACUGCCUGACGCUUCCUCUGACUUGAGUCUGUUGGCCUGGGCCAAAGACUCACGCCACGUGAUCCAGAAGACAACAGCUGUGCUUCUGCUGUUGGCACAGAGCAGGCAUGAGUGUGUGUCUGUGUGCGACAGUGAGGUUGUGUGUCUGAGUCCUGCUAGUGUCAGCAUUGAGUGCAUGAGUGCGAGUGUUUGGGUGAAUGUGUAUCCGUGUUGUACCUGGAAGAAGAAGGAUUUCUGGGGAAAGGUGUGCACCGAACAGAAAAGAGCCCUUUAGGGGAAAACACACCUUGCACUUUAUUUAGUUCGAGGGGUUAAAAAGACCCUUGAGGAUGACAGAAAGGGGAGUGCUAGCAGAAGAGACGUCCUGCCAAACAAUCUGUGCCAUCACCUUGGUCCUGGCUUUGCCUCCACAGCAGGAAAAACAAUGUGGAAGAACUUGUUGAUUUCAGAUGGUUUUGCUUAUUGAACCAACACUGGUACAAUGUAAUCUAUCUCUGAUGAACCAUGACAUUUCUUGCAAAGAUCAUGUGGCCAUCCAGUCUGACCUUUUAGCACCUAGCGGGCUUUUUGUGACAGGAGCCCAGACAGAAAAAUCACAACCUGUGUUUCGUUUAUUCAAAAGUGCAAUCCAAGUUUUUUUUAUAAACUUUUAGUUGUGACUUGGUCUUUUUUCCUUAUGUUUCAUAAAAAGAAUUUAAAAUGUAAGUUACUGUCAUUAUCAAGAUGUUUCCUUUGAAUGUAAGACAAACAGUUAGUGAACUAAUCUCUUAAAACUAUCAAGUCCUUUUUCCUAAUUUUUCAGCGCCUUUUUUCCAUUACUUGAACUGUCACACAUGGCAUUUAAUUGGUCACACAUCUUUGUCUACAGCAUCUUUAUAAAUGUGUCUUGCAUGGGUUAUUUUUUCAAUAUGUUCAUGGCCUUGUAUUGUACCGUUCAAUUGUUACUAUAUAUAUUUAUUCUUUCGAUCUCAAAAGUCUUGGAAAUGCUAGGUUUGAGCAUGUCUACACUAAUGCACCUCAUGUCCGUCUGAUCAUAUCAACCAGUUUGAAACAGUUAUGUCUUGUAUUACAGUGAUGCAUUCAUAAUGCCUCUAGCAUCGGUGAAUAUUAGCCGCAGUUGUUGACUACUAUUUAGGUGCUAUUUAUUCUUCUCUGUGCUCUUUUGUUGUUUUCAGUCUGACAGAAUGUGAGCGUAAAGUAACACAAGACUGAAUUUGAAACAGCUAGUGUUAGAAACUGUGGUGCCAAGCAGUGUAAGAGUAGAUGCUGGUUUUAAUUUGCAAACCAUGUGAGAAAAGAAGGAAGCCCAUCUCCCUUUCUCAUUAAGCACUGUUAAAGUGUCCUUGUGCAAGACACUGAAGUCCUAACUAUAGUUAGAAUAGUUAGCUAACUGUAAAUCUAGCAUAAAAAUUGGCUUCAAACAGCAAGUGAUGAGAUGAUAGCGAGAGAUUAUUAGUGCCAAAGGUUGUAGGUCACUGCAUGGAUGUGGUUGCAGUUUUUGUGAGCUGCAGAGCUAAUCAUCAGGUUUCCCAAAAAUAUAUAUCUUUAAGUAAAACUUACAUAGGUUGUGAGGGUAUUUCUAUAAUCGUUAAUGACUCUUCUAACCACUUGGAUGAACAAAUACUCAGUUUUUUGUAGUGUUUUUUAUCCAUUUCCCAAUCUAAAGGUUUAAAAAUGAUAUGACAUUUAUUUGUCUGUAUAUCAACCAAUGCUGUGUUGUGUUGAAGAACAAGUCCUAGAUAGCAAAUACUGUCAUCAAAACUUGAAAAAUGUGGUCAAUCAAUGAAUCACAUCUGUAUCAGUUACACAUUUAGAGGUUUUUUUACUAUGAAAAUAAUCCCUUCCUGUUUUAAAAUAGCUUAUAUGUACCUCUACACCAUUGUUUGCUCUAGACCGUGCAGAUCUAUGAAGUUCCCCUCUCUUUUUACAUUCGUUCCCAUGUACACCAGCUCACAAUCCUGCAAGUAGACAGGGUUGGUUCCUUUUUGGUUUGAAAGCUGAGCGUUUGUCACAGCAAUUUCAAGGUGCAUAUGCUCGUCCAUGGUUGUGACUCCACAUAGCAUUUAAAAGCCACCAUAUGGAUAUGCUAACAAGGGGAAAAAAUGUUGAUUUUCACUAUGUUAUUUGUUAUUUUUCCAGUGAAAUGAUUGGAAGAGUCUUUGAGGAUCCUGGAAAUACCUUCACAAAAUUUGAAUAAUCCAAUUUUCAGGUGUUUAUUUUUCAAAAAACCUGUGACUUGAGUACAGUGUUAACAUAUGAAAUCUAGAAAUUGAUGACAGCAGGACACUGGCAUGAGCUCCAACCAGACAAAUACCCACUCAUAUCCUGCAUCCGAGUUGUUGUGACAGGCAGGAGCUAUCAUCUGUAACCCAGAUUUAAUUCACAGGGUAACAAACAGAGAAACCACAUGGGGCCCAGUGUGUCCAUAUGGUCUCAUGUAACCCCCAUCAUCAUCCUGCUUACUGUAGGUUGAUUCAAAAUGCAUCACAUGUAGCCCAACAGUGCCCCUUACCGGCCCAUAAUUCCCAUAGAUUAAACCCGUAUUUAACAGAUGUCUUUAUUAUUGCAUUAAGCUGUAUAUUGAACAGUCAUCAGCUAGUUGUGUAGCACCAAUGGAGCUAGUAGCCAACAUUGGAAGCUCAUUUUUUUAAACUGUAAGCACAACGUCCAGACAACACAUGGACUUGGAAACCAAACAUUGGUGUUCACAAAAACCUAAACGGUUAAAAAAUACAGUAAAACUUCCAGCUUGUCACCAAAAUACAUUGGGUCAUCACCGACAUUUAUCAAUAUAUACAAAUAUCACAAUUUAUAGUAUUUUAUGUUUGUGUAUACUUGCGUAGAUGCUGAUUUGACUGUUAAAAAUCCACAUAAUAACUUUGUAUUAUUCUUAAUAGAUUACCAAGAGAAAAUUGGUAAUUGCCACGUGGUACAUUCAUGAAUGCCAGUUCUAAUCUUGGUCAGUGUUUAAAGUUAUGUUUGUACCAUUUUAAUAUUUGUGAAUCAGUAAGUAUUUUUAUUUGGAAACUGUUCCCUAUUAGCCUUUUAAAUUCAUGUGAUUUCAUUCAAAUUUUCUUUGUAUACAGAAAACAAAAUAACACCAGAAGAAAACAGUAUGAUGAAGUAUCAAAGAAAAGAAAUGAAGAGCCUACAAGAUUGCUUGAAAGUGUUGUCAUUUAACAUAUAGAGUAGUUGACAUAAGUCACAUUGGUUGGGAGCUAUUAAAAUAGUGUUUUACAGAUGCUUUUCCUUAAAUUCAGCUGUAUGUUGAACAGUAAUCAACUAGACAUGUAACAUCUAAUGAGCUGGUGGUUUACGUAACAGUCUAAUUUGGUAAACACGAAGUAAACCCGGAGAGACUCAUGCACAUCAGUUAGGUAAAUAACAAAUGAAAUACUUGUUAUUUCAAAUCUUUUUAUGCUGGAGUGCACUUCUACUUUAACAAUGUGAUGUGAGAGGUCAUUUUCGUUGUCUGCUGCCAGUUUUUAUAAACACUGGGAGCGCUGGCAGUUUCAAUAGGAGGGGCACAAAUGCACUAACUUGCACAUACAGCCGGACCAGCUGCCAACAUGUAGAAAUAGAAACUCAGAUCACAACACACAUAGAAGGAGUGUGUUUUCAUUUCCUGCUAAGGACAUAUUUGUAUGAUUUCUGGAAGUACAACUGUAUCAAAUGGUGAUCUUAGAACAAGAACUAUUAAAGAUUAUAACAUAGACUAGUUAGCUCCUGUUUUUAGAUAUUCUCCCACAUUGGUUGCCGACUUUUUGGCAUUCUGUUUUAGAGAAAUGCAGAUGCACCAACAACUUCUUUGACACAGCGUCACUUAGUCUGGAGGCAACUCUGAAUAUGAGUUUAGUAAAUGUUACAAAAGGUCAGACCUGGCACACACAAGUUGGGAAAACGAUUGUUCAACUAAUUGAAAUUUUGUGGAGUGAAAGCAUAUCAACCAACCAAUUGACCAGCCAACUUGGACACUGCAGCUCUAAACGUUAGCAUGCUAAACAUGGCAAACUAAGAUGGUGAACAUUAGCAAACAUUGCACCUGCUCAACAUCAGCAUAGCACCUGUGUAGCUGCAGACUCUUAGUCUUGUCUCUGUAUAUGAGUAUGACAAAGUCAAUCAGAAAUUAACUGCCUCGUUCUAUUUUGAUCUCAUGUCAGUUGUCAGUAAAUUAAACCAUUUAUAUGCUAUUUGCUCAUGAUAAAUAGAAGGAGAGUGGAAACAUCUUCUGACAAGAAGUAAUUCGGUAUUCGUAAAUGUGCCACAUUAUUUGACAACAUUUGCUUUUUUCAGUCAUUUAUGUUUCUUUUCCAGAGUUUCUUUCAAACUAAUGCGCAUUCUGUAAAGUUUCACAUCAGGUUUUUGUCAGCUACUGCUUCUGUUGUUCUGUCCCUAGCUCUGUUUUUUCUUUUUACGGAUGUGACACAGAAAUAUAACUGCUAUCACAGAACAUGACAGCUUUGACAUAUGGGAGUAUUUGGGCUUUAGAGUCACUGCGUCACACACAAUCCUACAGUAAUCAGAAGAGUGAGGAGCCACAACAACAGUGUGUGAAAUCCUGUUGAGGCAUUACUCCUCAGGCUUCCAUUUGUGCCACAGCAGUGCCAAAAAGACAAAUGGUCUAUUGUGUCUGGAUGCAUUGUGGGUGAUAAGUUGAAGAGAUUUUGAAACUGUUGGACAAAUGUUUUUGUUCUCCAAUACACAUUCCUCUUUUGUUUCUUGUCUCUGUUAUAGAGUGAUUUUCACUGCGUUGCUAUGGUUACUCACUGUAAUUGUUGCACAUUGUGAUCCUUUGCCAAAAGUGUUACGGCUUUCACUGUUAACCACCACACAGAAACACACACAGGAACACACACACAAACACUCCAGCUUGUAGACUAACCAGGCUCGGUUGGAGUGUCCGGACCUUGACUGGUUUUUUUGAUAGUUGCUACGAAGCUUUCUAGGCUUCUGUAUAUAUUUUCCGCAUGGCUGUGCCAAAGCAGGUUUGGGGAACACGAAACCAUUCGAAUGAAGCCGAACGCUGCUCAUGGCGGUGGUGACUUUUGUACGAAUCCAAAAAUGCCAGUGCAUGUAGCAAAAAUGCUUCAAAUCUGCUCGCACCAUUACGAAUCACAAGAUAUCUAUUUUUUGGUUCUCAGAGUGUCGUAAAACACAAUGCGCUGUUGCUACUUUGAUAGACAUACUGUGUGAAGUAAAAGGCUUAUGUUGCACACUUGCAUGCAUUGAAACUAUCCAGUUUUCUAUAAUAUUUUGUAUUCAGUAACCUGCAGUAUACAGUAUGUAUAUAAAAGUAGCAGCAACUUGGCUUAUCAGUUAUUAUUAUUAUUAUUGUUAUUAUUAUUAUCGGAUCCAUGUUUCAAUGGAUGUUUAUAUCCAAGACAUUGAUUUCAAGAGGAAGCAGUUCUUGCCCACUACCUCUAGUGAUCAGCAAGAGUAUUUAGAGGAAUCAAGAGAUUUAUGCACCUUAUUCCUACUUCCUUGUGAAUUAUUAGGGGAACAAAUUCAGGUUAUUUCUCCCCUGAACUGGUGUAUUUGUCAGCAAGUCUUCCACUUCCUAGAGAUUUUGAGGAAAUUUAUGACGUAGCUUGUCACUUAUUAUUGCUGAUUUUGGGUAGUUUAUUUGCUUUCUUCGAGUGAGAAGUGGAGAUCAGUGCUGUUUUCAUGUCUGUAGCUUAACUCAGCAAAAAGAGUGGAAACAGGUGGAAGAUCGACACCUUUAAUACUGAUUAUAUCUGUAUAACAUUCAUUUCUUUUGUUUUUACAUUUUGUGUUUGAAUGGAUUAAGCUAAUAGAAUAUAACAUGUUAUUUAAUGACUGUUAGAGGUGUUACAAGGUGGACUGUGUUACCUUUGGGCAGAACCAGGUUAGUAAUUUCCACUCCACUAAGCCAAGUUUGUUGGCUGCCCGCUAGUGGUUUUGUAUUAAGUGUACAGAUGUUAGAGACAGAAAUGAAAACGGUGUCGAUCUCUCUCCUCAAGUUUCAGCAAGACAGCAAAAAAUCCAUUUCAGUUCAUUUUAGUGGACAGUAACAUUCAAAGAUAACUGGCAAAUUAAUCAAAAAAACAUAACCUUGAACCAUUGACAAGCUGAACCCUCCAUUGAGGGUUCAGUUGUCAUUUUAGAGGAAAGAAUGCAAAGAGUGCUUACCUUUACCCUGUGAUUGGAGUGGUCUCUUCCAGGAUUGGUUAGAGCAUGAUUGGUCACUGAAUAGUUUGAUGAAAAUAAUGUGAAUCACAUGCUAUUGCCUUUAUAGUGACCAGAACUCAACACCUAUUGGAGAUUUUGGACCAGUGUGUUGGACAGUGAUCUCCACCACUAAUAUCAAAACACCAAAUAAAGGAAAAAUAUUUUGAAGAGUCGUGUUCAUCCCUCAAGCAGACUUCUGAGACUUAGAGAAUCUACCUGUUCUGGUGGCUUGAAGACACUAUAUGUUACUUUGAAUUGUCACCUGUCUGUAGGUAGAGUUACAUAUAGAUAGAAGUUCAAAAUACUAAAUGAAAGACUAUAAUUGGAUCUGUUUGUCCUGAACAGUGAAGUUGUUGAGCAUCUUUCAGCAGUUUUCCAUUGGGGUAUCUUUUUUUUUCUGUUAGACUGUUUGUACUGGUGUAGCAAACUGUUAAAAGCGUAUGUCCCAAUAGUUAAGCUUUUUCUCAGUGGCCUCAGAUAGCAAUAAGUUAGCUUGUAGUUAGCCGAGUGAUGUUAUGAUAUGAUAUAUACAAGAUGGUACUGCAGCUUUUUUAGUACAACAUGUUGAAUUUCUUUACUCUGUAAGCAUCAGAGCUUGGUAAUUGCUUCACUGUCUUUUGGAAGCAACUAAAUGAACAAAACAGGUGAAUCUGUCAGGUAAAGUCGGGUAUUUUUUUACUGUCCUUUGAGGGGCUUUACAAGCUGUCCAGCAUCCACCACCCUCUCUUUAGAAGGUAAAUUCCUUACAAACUCUUUAAUGGGAAAAUCAGAGACAUGUAAUAAAGCUGCAUAUGAAUUCUGCGUAUCAUCAUCUAGGAGAAUGCCCAGCAUCUCCCAGGUGCUACCAAGAGACAAAGUGACCUCCUCUUCAAUAUGGAGUUCUGGAAAGAGGACAGACUACACUGACAUAUAUGAAACCAUACAGAAUUAAAGAGAGAAUCCAGCACAGAGAAGCCUGAGUGAAAAGAAUAAUCUACUGUACUGUUAUCUGAGGGCACUUCUUAAGGUCGUCCAUUCAUUUUUCCCUUUUUUAUGCUUAAAUGUACAUAGAUUAUUAAUUUCCCCCCCAAAUCUCUAAGAAAAGGGCAGACACCUGUUUCAUCUAAACUCUCACAGAUGCGAAUUAGUUGCCUUUUUAAUACUCACAAGGUAUCAUGGAAGUAGGAAUGAAGUGGAUAGACAAGUCUGGAAUUGUGUGGGGCGAAAAGUAAUUCUGUUUUGUAGGUUUUCAUUUAUCAGUUGUAGACAGAGCGACUGCUUGUGCGCUGAUCUUUUAGCCUCGUCAACUUGCGUACUGCUGCAUGUGUCUAAAUAGAUCGAGGUUGCGGAGAGAGUCCACCAGGUAUCACGUCUAUCUCAAUGACAGCAUCACGUAGACUGUAUCGAAUCUGACACACUGACAUUUUUUUCCGAGACUGAGACUUGUCCACUCAAGGAAUGAGCUUGUGAUUCUUCUUGUAUUUUUCUGCUGAUAUUUAUUAUCUGGAGACUGGAAUACCUACUGCAUGGUGACUCUUCUAGAAGAUGCUACCGUCUUUAUAACAAGUAUCUUUUAUCAGUAUUUUAUAACCUUGUUAAUUUUAUAUAUCCACUCUACCUUGCGUUCCCAACUGGUAUGUUUACUUAUAGCUAGGUAUCAGAGAGCCGUGCUAUAUGUUCUGUACUGUGUGCUUGUCUGUAUGUUCUUUUCGGCGUGAGCUUUACUUUUUCUUUUUCAAGGCGUGUUCGUUGGAUUUGGUUCUCGGUUACACUGUGGUUAUUUUAUAGCUACAAUCUGAAAUUAUUAUUUUUUCUUUUGUAUUUAAUGUCAACUUGUGGCAUGACUUUGAAAUAAAACAGGAAAAUGUA